AUACCCCAUUAUUUUAAGCUUGCGAAUUGGCUUGCUGUUAUUUCCAUACAUUAUCUCUCGAAAUACUUAUCUACCUGACACUCGUUCUGUCACCGCUGGAGCGAAUGCUAAUUCAUGUCUGAUGGCAGUAAGACUUUGACCGAACGAUGAAGACUACCUGGAGGGAUAGAGACCGGGAUUUUCAAAAGCCCCUGGAUGGCGAGACGACACUGUCCACCCUAUCGAGAGCUCUUAUUGCAACUCCAGUCCAGCACGCGGCUCUUCCAGGAUUCGACAUGGACCGUGAUGACCCUCAGUAUUAUCGGCUGCAACAGGAAGUUGACUGCGCCGUCGUUUAUCCAGGAAUAUUAAUCGGGGAUGCGACCACAGCAAAAAAUAAGAGCUACUUGAAACGCAUCGGUGUUACUCACGUGCUAAACACAGCUGAGGGAACGCGAUUUGGUUUUGUGCCCACCAACAGAGAUUAUUACAGAGAUGUUGGGAUGCAGUACUUGGGUCUUCCUCUGGCGGAUUUGCCAUCCGUAGACAUUAGCAAAUAUUUUUACACAGCAGCUGUAUUCAUUGAUGAUGCCAUCAAGAGUGGAGGAAAAGUGUUCGUUCACUGUGUGAUGGGAAUAUCGCGUAGUGCGACCUGUGUAAUCGCAUACCUGAUGAUCAAACGUCACCUCCUCGCUGAGGAGGCGAUCCGUCUCGUGCGAAAGAGUCGCAGCAUUCAUCCAAACGAGGGCUUCCUGUACCAGCUGGCACGAUUGGACAAUCAGCUUCGGCGCCAUCGGCUUUAAUAGCUUAACUAGUUCGAUCAGAAAUUUAUCAAAAAACGCUUUGGGGAAUAUUCUAGGGUAUUUAUAUUACUUAUUUAAUUUGCAUGUAGAGGUAACAUUUUACGAGAAUUUAUCGGAAAUGAAAUCGUUUCGUUAUUCUGUCGCGGAAAUUUAUUGGAAUAAAAACGGGAUUUAUCGAGAA